UUCCAGUGUGCCACCGUGUUUUGGGAACAGGAGACAUGCUUGGGAGACAGUUCCAUUCUACUUCUCGUUGAAGCCAGUUUUCAGUACAAGGAUCUGAAUAUCGCAAGUUCUUAUUUCAAAACAGCCUGCUGAGUCUUUGCAUUGGAAGAUGAAUUAGAAGGAAAUGACUGUGACUUUACCUCAUCUUUUGUGAAAACGCAGCAGGUUUUCACUGCACUUCCCACAAGGCGAGUGAGGCCAGGUAUUGUUUGGAACAAAGAAAUGUUUAAACAGCCAAAACCUUUAGAGCCUGCAAGCUGAACACACAUGUGAGACAACAGCAGUCACCUCUGUGCUUUUAGCUCUGAGUUCAUGAACAAUGAGUCUGGAAAUAGCAGGAUAAGUGGUUACAGCAUGUGAUUACGACCAGCAGCUGAGUGUGUCUGGAAGGAUUGACACAGCCAUUGUGACACCAAAUCUUUUGCACUCAAAGAUAGACUGGGGCCUCCUCUUGAUAUACUGCUGGAUUCACUGAACUGUACAGCGCUUAGUGUGCAAUGGAGGAUGCCAAAGCAGCAUGCGAGCACCAUCACAGGAUAUACAGUCUUUUACUCAGAGGUUGAAGAUGACAAAGCAGUUAAACAGCUCUCGCACGAUGUUCCCCUGAGUUUGGAUAUGCUUAGCAUGGGUCAACUUGAAGGACAAGCAAUUUUUGAAGUUGUUAUCGGUGACCUAAAGCCAGGCACUCCUCACCGCGUUAGCGUUGGAGCAUACGGCUGGGCAGGGAAAGGACGACCCAGCAUGCCCAGAGACGUGACAACCUUAUCCCAAGAUAAGUGCAUGCCCCCUGCGCCACCCUAUCAGCCUCAGAUUGUGGUAGUUUCUGAUUCAGAAGUUGCAUUGUCCUGGAAGCCUGGAGUGAGUGAAGGAAGUUCUCCCAUCCAGUACUACGUGGUGGAGUUUAUCAGGCCAGACCUUGACAGCAAUUGGACAGUAAUAAGAGAGCAGAUCCAGAUGGAGUCCAUGGUUCUCAAGGGACUUCUCCCAAACACCAAGUAUCAGUUUGCCGUCAGAGCAGCAAACUCCUAUGGAUCGAGCCCCGCCAGUGCACCAAGUGAUGUCAUUCGAACAUUCCGCUCUGAGGAGUUAGGAAGUGGAAGCUAUGGGCAUCGGUAUAUCACAGACACAGUGACUGGUGAUGAUGAUGGAUUUGAUAUUGAUGACUCAGACUACGACAUUUACAUAGAAGAGCUCAGACCACUGCCUGCUAUCAAAGGAGGCAACAGAAAAUUUCUGGUUGAAACUAAGGUCGCGCCAGGGUCUAGUUCCAGGCUCCUCUCACGAGUCCUUACAACCACUUCUGAACCCACCACUUCCACUCCCACCACUACACGACCUUCCACCACAACGAGGGUGACUACAGCUCAGUCAGCAAGAAGGGGUGGCAUGUCUUCUGCAGCACGUCUGUUUGAUCUCUCCUGUGAUGAGGCCAUCUGUUCUGCAGACAGCUUUUGUGUCAAUGACUACGACCGGGGUGGCUCACGCUGCCACUGCAACUUGGGAAAAGGAGGAGAAAUAUGUGCAGAAGAUAUUAUUAUCCAGUAUCCUCAGUUCUCUGGCUACUCAUACCUCACCUUUGAACCACUGAAGAACUCCUAUCAGACAUUUCAAAUUACCCUUGAAUUCAGAGCUGAAUCAGAAGAUGGCUUGCUGUUAUACUGUGGAGAAAAUGAACAUGGUCGUGGUGAUUUUAUGUCACUAGCAAUCAUCCGACGUAGCAUCCAGUUCAGGUUCAACUGUGGCACUGGAGUUGCAGUCAUAACAAGUGAAAACAAAAUCAAACUGGGGAACUGGCACAGUGUCACAUUGUUCAGAGAUGGGAUGGAAGGCCGGCUCAGAAUGGACAAUGAUGCUCCAGUGACAGGAAAAUCUCAGGGCCAAUAUAGUAAAAUUACGUUCCGGACUCCCUUCUAUGUUGGUGGUGCCCCCAGCGUGUACUGGCUGGUCAGAGCUGCAGGCACCAACCGUGGCUUUCAGGGCUGCGUUCAGUCACUGAGCAUCAACGGAAAGAUAAUUGAUAUGAGACCUUGGCCUUUGGGGAAAGCUCUCAGUGGUGCUGAUGUCGGUGAGUGUAGCAGUGGCAUCUGUGACGAGGCUGCCUGCAUCAACAGUGGUACCUGUGCUGCAAACAAAGCGGAUUCAUACAUUUGCCUUUGCCCUCUGGGAUUUAAAGGUCAUCAUUGUGAAGAAGCACUCACCUUGGCCAUACCUCAGUUCAACGAGUCCUUAAAGUCAUUUGCUAGCACACCCUGGCCCUUGGAAUCACAAAAUUACCUGUCCUUCAUGGAGUUUGAGAUGACAUUUCGUCCAGAUUUAGAGACUGGUGUCCUUUUGUACAGCUAUGACACAGACAGCAAGGACUUCCUCUCUAUUAACAUGGUGGCUGGUUACGUGGAGUUCAGGUUCGACUGUGGCUCAGGAACGGCUGUUAUCAGGAGUGAAGAACCUGUCAGUCUGGGUCAAUGGCAUGAGUUGCGAGUGUCUCGCACAGCGAAGAAUGGUAUCUUACAAGUGGACAAACAAAAGCCUGUGGAAGGAAUGGCAGAGGGGGCUUUCACACAGAUAAAGUGCAGCUCUGAAAUAUUUAUUGGUGGAGUCCCUAGUUAUGAUGCCGUGAAGAAGAAUUCAGGGAUCCUCCGGCCCUUCAGUGGGAGCAUCCAGAAGAUUAUCUUGAAUGACCGGACAAUUGAUGUGAAACGUGAUUUUACUUUUGGAGUCAACGUAGCAAAUGCUGCCCACCCCUGCGUGAGCUCACCAUGUGCAAAUGGAGGCACCUGUGUUCCCAAGAAGGACAGCUAUGAAUGUGACUGUCCCCUGGGCUUCGAUGGGCAACAUUGCCAAAAAGCCAUCACAGAAGCAAUUGAAAUCCCACAGUUUAUUGGUCGCAGCUACCUCACGUAUGAUAAUCCAGAUAUCCUGAAAAGGGUGUCAGGAUCAAGAACAAAUGUGUUCAUGAGGUUUAAAACCACUAUGAAGGAAGGUCUUUUGAUGUGGAGAGGUGACAGCCCCAUGCGACCUAACAGUGAUUUCAUUUCUCUAGGCCUUCAAGAAGGAGCAUUAAUAUUCAGCUACAAUUUGGGCAGCGGCCUUGCUUCCAUCAUGGUGAAUGGCUCUUUCAGUGAUGGCCGGUGGCACAGAGUCAAGGCUGUUCGGGAUGGACAGUCUGGCAAAGUAACUGUGGAUGAUUAUGGUGCCAGGACUGGUAAAUCCCCUGGGAAGAUGAGGCAGCUAAACAUUAACGGAGACCUCUAUGUAGGUGGCAUGAAGGAAAUUGCCCUGCACACGAACAGGCAGUACCUGCGGGGCCUGGUGGGCUGCAUCUCCCACUUCACGCUGUCAACUGAUUACCACAUCUCGCUGGUGGAGGAUGCUGCUGAUGGGAAGAACAUCAACACAUGUGGGACCAAGUGACAGGAGAGGAAUCGUGGUGCUGAGGAUGCAUCAUGUGCUUGUGUGUGUGGCUAAGCACGUGGCUGGCCUAUGUUUGCCAUCUGGGAAGGUGACAGAGCCAAAGGGACACCCCUUCACCCCCCCCAAAAAAGGAACAUUUUUCCUCUCGUUUCUCUGCUGACCAAACCAAACUGAGUAUUUUAUGUAGGAGCCAUCUCCUCUACCCAUUAAGUGUUUAGUGGACACCAAAGUUUGUGCAUCAGUGCAAAUGGCAAAGAAAGGUGUGAUGUUUUGAGUAGCUCAAUGACUGUGUUGUGGUCCUUAGGUUGUCUUUUGUAACAUCAGAGAAAGCAGUUGUGAAACACCUGCAUUCAUCCCACCCUGCAGUAGUAUAAUCACUGUGCUUUUCAAUAAGUAUGCCACCGGGCAGUGUACCUAUGCAUUCAAAUCUAUGUCCCAGAAGUAUCAGUUCUCCUUACCAUCUCUGAUGUAGCUAAAUUAUGUUUGAUCCAAUGUAAAUAACAGCUACAGUUACUGGUUUCAAAAUAGUGUUGUUUGUUGAGAAGGAAAGUUCUUAAAGUCUACUUUUUUAUGACAAGCAACCGAACCAAUGAAACAAUUUUGUAGAAGUAAUUUUAUAUUUGUAUAUUUUUAUAGCAGCAGGAACAGACUUGCUAACAUGGUGUAACUUUUAACAGUUAGGUGUACUAUACAAUUAGCUCUUUGCAUACUUUCCUUAAAAUAGCAAAGUGACCUGUGGUUUAAAUUUGUUAUACAAGAAGCUUAAUUUCUGUAUUAUACAGUUUUGAUGGGGAUAUUUGUGCGUUGUGACCAGUUUUAAAUCUGACUCUUUUUGUUUUGUAAAUUUUGACAGUUUAAAAUUGUACAUUAUGAAGCUUUCCUGGCUUAAACAGAUUAAAAGAUUAGGAAAAAAAAAAAGAGCAAAUGGUUGCUACUGUGGUAUUAUAAAUCACUACUUUUUUUUUUUUUUUUUUUUGAAAGCUGAGAAAAGGGAUGUGCAAGAGAUCUUGGAAGGUCAUAGUCCUCUUAAAAUAAAAUGUUUUCUGGGCACUGGA